GCACUAAGCAACUUUCAGGAUGUGGUGGGGCUUCCUCCCUGUCACAGGGGGUGACUUAACUUUUGUCCUUCUCUCAUUGCCGGAGGACGAUAUUAGUGCGGAGGUAAAUCAGUCUGUGUGUGGAAUGCACCACCGUCUUGAUGGCAAGGAUGAGCUUGCUUCCUGAGAGCCUAAGGACUUUCUUCUUAUUCCUAAUUUUUUGUGGACCUCAAGUUUUGGCCACAGAAGUAUCUAUCACUGAAGAAGUAGUAGAUGUUAAAUAUGCUGUCAUUGGGACCCUGCUAGGAGUAAUCAUUUCCGCUAGUUUUCUAGUAGUAAAGAUCUGCAUGAUGAGGAAGCAUAUGUUUGACAACGAGAUAGAAGACCCUAGAAGAAACCCCAACAGGUUGCACUUGAGUUCAUCGGAUAGAGAUGGCCAAAUGAUUGAAGUAUAACCAGAAACGAUUUCUCAAUGGAAUGUGAUCAGCUUGGAUAACUGCCUGCUAUACAGCCCACCAGAGAGCCUGCUGACAGAGGUCUCCAAACCUGUCAAUUCAAUUGCGCUAGGGGCCCAUUUAAAAAUCUUAUUUGUAAUCUCAUGCCCCUAUGAAACUGGAAACCCUUUGAACACCUCAGUCAGUCAGUGGUGUUUAAUGACUGCUUACUAGAUGCAGAGCACUGUGCUAAGUACUUGGUGUUUAUGAACAAAAUAACCAAAGUCAGAGAUGAAAGAGACUGAUAUUCAAAACAGGAGCAGUAAGACAAUCACCCCCAGAUUUGGGGGGCGGAAAUGCGAGUGAAAGUCAUAGUAAAGAAAAGCGAACAAGGGAGAGACAUGAUCAGUGACAAAAUGGGGGGUUUUUGAAUCUACUUUUAUGCCUGUUAGUGCCUUUAAGAUUUCAGGAAGGCAACAUUUUCCUUCUGACCUAUAUAUCCUACAUGAAGAAGAAAAGAUCUUAGAGAGAUCUGGGACCCUAAAAACUUACGUCCUCAAGUUUAAACAUAGUCAUCUUAAUCAAAGUUUUCCUGCAAAGUUCCUUUCGUGCUACCCUUGUUUCUCCUUCCAGGUUGCCUUACCCUGUGUUUAUAUGACGGCCUAUAAAUUCAGAACCAAUAUUACUUGCUUCGCAUCAGUAAAAUGGAAAAAUACCUAAGUGUCAAUGAAUUUUAUUCUCGAAGGGGCUUUCCUCCUUGUCUAGACUAGGUUUUUUCCUCCUUUUGUGGGAUGAAAGAUGAGCUGUAUUUCAAAGCAAAGUGCUGGAUUAUAAUAAUUUGCCUGAAUUCCCAGGGUGUCUUUUACCCAACUUGAUAAUGUAGCUCAUUAGCAGCCUUUGUUAACUGAUAACCUAAAGCAUAAUGCAAAGUGUAAGUAAUUUUGUGUGUGUCUGUGAGUGGGUGUUAGAGAGAAUAAAGCAUCUUGUAAGGUAUCUGUUAA